UUGUGUGCUGACGUUGUGAGUCUAAUCGUCGUCGCUGAAAAGCAUUUCCACCAAAUCUGAUUGAGAGCACCGUUCACCAUCCAAACGCUGUGGCGAUUUCCAGCGAAGUAAUGUGGGCAAGAAGACCAAAUGGGUGCGUGGAUCCUUGCGGAAUGGACAGUUCAAAUCUUUCCAACUGAAAAAGUGAAAUUGGUUAUUGUGAUGCUUUGUAUCGCUUUUAAUUUUUGUUUUUCAAUUGAAUCAAUCACAUUUUCUCCUUGUGAAAAUCCACAAAAAUCGGUACUUACUAUGGUCGAUCUCCAACUUCGACGUGAAUGAAGUGGCUAUUCUCGGCGGCAUGUUUCAGUCCCUCCUUGAUAACUGGAUCGGCCUUUACACAGUACGGGCACCAGCUGUUGCCAGUUUCGUCUUUGCCGCCGCUGAACAAAAUGUGUACAUGUUCACCGGUGCUUUCCAAACUUUCAGCCAGUUUGGUGAACUCUUCGUAGCCUUUCACGUGGUAUUCCUUGACCAUUUUUGCCUGAGACGUUGAAAAAGAAUUACUGAAACCGAAUCUAGGUAAAUUUUGUUUCAAAAGUCGCAACGAUAGACUCAACGCCAGUUUCGCCUACAAAAUAUAUCCACAAAAUAACCAAUAAGCACUUUGAUGAUAAGAGACACAGAUAAAGCCAAUUUAAUCAAACGCAAUCGUGAUUUGGCAUAAAAUGGAAUUAUGAUAGAAACAUGAUAAUGCAUUAGAUUGAAUUGGUUUAGGAUAAUUAAAAAUCACACUUACUUCAAUUUCUCAAGAUGACUGAUCAACUAAUGGGUUUUUUUCCUCUGAUUAAAUGCAAGUCAAACGCAAUUUUAUGACUAAACGACAUACAAGCAUACAACUGAGACCACAGCUACUGCGAGAGAAAGAGAACGAAACGUAUGCCGUUUGACAGACGUCAAACCAACGUACGCAGCCAUUUCCUGGUAUACGAACAUUCUUAUUUGAAUGGAAUACGACCAGUAUUUUUGUACCGUGAAUGUUUCAUCAAUUAAACUCGUAAAAUAUCAACGAAUCGUGUUAAUUUUAUAGAAAAAAUUAAAUGAACAUCGUUUUUUUGAGUUAUAAUUUUGAAAUAUUCCGUAAAUGGUGUCGACCAUAUAUGAACUGCUCUGUUGAGUUUGACAUUUGGUCACAGACGUGUACGCAACCGUUUGUCGCAGAGUACAAGUAGCGUGAUUUUUGUUUACAUCACGAAGCAAUCAUGCGAAUUCAUGAUGAAAAGUGGAAUUUUAAUAAUUAUUCAAUAAAUUAUUUAGGUUUUGAGGUGGUUUUUUUCUCUGAGAUAAAGAAUACGGAAAUUCGAAUGAAAGCAACGGCGCAUGUGCUGCAACUAUCCUUCCAAAUUCAAUCGAAAAAUCACUGUUUUUUCUCCAUAUGCACAACGGAUCCUGAUGUCACGGUUAACAUAGUGCUCUGCAGUAUAUGAAAGUCACUGGAACAGUUUACCGGUUAAAAGGGACGUAUUGAGAAAAUUGUCACUUGUUUUUGCCAGUGAUAUUGUUUCCAGUUGAUUUUCCACUAUUUCAAUUUCGUUUGGAAUUCAAUUAAACUCAAACGACAAACCAAACGCAACAUUUGGUGUUCAAUUAAAACGUACAGCCUUAAAUUAAGCAUAUCAAUUUAAUUUGUAUAUAAAACGGUGACAGCAGAAAUUAUGUCAUCGUCAGCUAUUGAAGACCAUUAUUUACCACGUCAGGAUUCGUUGGAAUAUUUCAUUAAGUUUCCUCCGCCGCAGUCAAGUGCCAUUAGCCAGGCAUAUCCACCAAAUGAGUGUGCCGAGUGUGAUUUUAAUUUUGCUACCGAUGAUAGCACCACACCGAUUGUUUUGCUGCUGGGAUGGGCUGGUUGUCAAGACCGAUAUCUCAUGAAAUAUUCAAAGAUUUAUGAGGACCGUGGAUUGAUUACUGUUCGAUACACGGCACCUGUUGAGAAUAUUUUCUGGAAGCGUGAUGCCAUGAAACCGAUUGGACAGAAAAUCGUCAAACUCUUGUACGACAUGAAUUUCGAUGCGAAUCCAAUAAUUCUACACGUUUUCUCAAAUGGCGGCGCAUAUUUAUAUCAGCAUAUUGACUUGGCUAUCAAGGAAUUUCAAACGCCAUUAGAUAUAUGUGGGAUAAUAUUCGAUUCGUCGCCAGGCGAUCGGCGUCUGCUGUCUCUUUAUCGAGCGGUGUCAUCUAUUUAUGGUAAAGAGCGUCGAUUUGGUUCCAUAGUUUCAUGGUGCAUAACAUUGGGACUGGCAGCGAAAUGGGUAUUCGAGGAUCUAUACCUUCGUCUGAAAGGAAUGUUUUCAUCGAGUCCAGUUCCAAGUAUAAAUCCGUAUAAUGAUUUGAAAUACCUUGAUAAUUAUAUUCCGCAGCUAUUUUUGUAUUCGAAUGCAGACAAAUUGAUUUUGCCCGGAGAUGUUGAAACAUUUGCUCAAUUUCGACAGAGUAUCGGUGUGCCGGUAGAAACGGUGUGCUUUUAUGAAGCAGAACAUGUUAAGCUCUUUAUCAAAUAUCCACAAAAGUAUAUUCAAUGUGUUUGUACAUUCAUCAGUAAUUGCUUAAUGAGCAUCCCACUUCAAAUGGAAGCAAAAAAUAAAUUCAAUUAGGACAAUCGCCUCAAUCUCAGACAACAUUCGCCUUUUUUUCAACAUUCGCCUUCUUAGAAUUCUAUAUUUGAAUCGUAGUCAUCGUUUGUUUAAAUUACUUACGCUUCAUAUAGUGAACAAAUAAUUGUAAUUGCUUACACAAAAUGUUAAGUAGUCUUCGUUUCUCUGUAAAACAAACAAAAAAUGUUCAAAAUGCUUUUAACACACAAAAACCCAAA